GAGCUACGGUCCAGAGUUCAGCGUGGAGCGGAUUAAACUUUGUCUCAGUUCGGUCUGCACGCCGCGGACACGCACACUGCCCGCUCUGUCUGGAGGUUUUUCUUCGUCUCUCCGUUUGAUUUUGGAUCCUUUGGACUUUAUGCACUGGACCUGUGGACGCACCAUGGCAUGCUCGCUGCUGCCGUAUCUCCUGCUGCUCGCCUUGGCGCAGACGGCUCUCACCGCCGGAGUCUUCGAGCUCAAGAUCGACUCCUUCACCAGCUCCAGCGGCAUCUGUGGCCGACAGUCUGAGGACUGCCGGAUUUUUUUCCGCGUGUGCCUCAAACACUCGCAGAACGUUAUUAACCCGGAGCCGCCGUGCACGUACGGCGACGCGCUCACGGACAUCUUCGACGCCGAUUCCAACUCCAUCUCCGAGAGCGCGCCCAUCAGAGUGCCUUUUAACUUCAAGUGGCCGGGGACUUUCUCUCUGAUCAUUGAAGCCUGGAAGGCGGAGGCUCCAGGACAGUCCACAGAGAAUCAGAACAACCUGAUCAGCCGGCUGGCCACCCGCCACAAGCUGACGGUUGGAGAGGGCUGGACCAAGGGCGAGAACCUCAGCAACCAGAGCGAGCUCCGCUACUCCUACCACGUCGUGUGCAAUGAGUUCUACCACGGGGAGGCCUGCUCCGCCUACUGCCGGCCACGCAACGACACCUUCGGCCACUACACCUGUGACAAGGAAGGGAAGCCUAACUGCCUGGAGGGCUGGAAAGGAGAGUAUUGCACAGAGGCCAUCUGUGCAGGGUGCAGCAAGCAGCACGGUCGCUGCAAUUCUCCCGGGGAGUGUGUGUGCCAUCACGGCUGGCAGGGAAAGAGCUGCGACGAGUGCGCCCGACACCCCGGCUGCAAACACGGGACCUGUAAGCUGCCCUGGGAGUGCGACUGCAGGGAGGGCUGGGGCGGCCUGUACUGCGACCAAGACCUGAAUUACUGCACCAACCACAAGCCGUGCCAGAACGGCGCCUCCUGCACCAACACCGGUGAGGGCAGCUAUACGUGCGCCUGCCCCCCCGGCUACACCGGCAAAGACUGCGAGGUCAAAAUCAACGAGUGCGACAGCAACCCCUGCAGGAACGGCGGCAGCUGCAACGACUUGGAGAACGAUUACUCCUGCACGUGCCCUCAGGGUUUCUACGGGAAGAGCUGCGAGAUCAGUGCCAUGAGGUGCACUGACGGGCCGUGCUUUAAUGGAGGCACUUGCAUACAGGAAGACACCGGCGGGUACACCUGCCGCUGCCCGUCCAACUUCACGGGCUCCAACUGCGAGAAGAGGAUGGAUCGAUGCAGCAGCAGCAGCCCCUGCACUAAUGGUGCUCAGUGUUUUGACUUUGGCAGCAUCAUCAUGUGUCGCUGUCAGCCAGGCUUCACCGGCUCUCGCUGCGAGACCAACAUUGACGACUGUGCCAGCAAUCCCUGCCGGAAUGGCGGCACCUGCUUUGACAGAAUCAACAACUACAGCUGCACGUGCACCCUCGGCUUCUCCGGCAAAGACUGCACGGUGCGCACCAGCCUCUGUGACCAGUUCCCGUGCGAAAAUGGCGGCACGUGUUUCACCCACUUCACCGGCCCCGUGUGCCAGUGCCCGCGAAACUUCAUGGGCACGCGCUGCGAACACUCUCUCAAGCCAACUGUGAAACCGGCCGUGAACGGAGACCCUCCCGCUGCCAUGAUUGCUGCUAUUGCUCUGGGAAUAGUGACAUUUUCCCUGCUGGUGUGCGCCGCCAUCUUCGUUCUGCGCCACCUCUACCGGGGCAGGGAGCUGAGAGCCCUUUCCACGUCAGUAAAAAAUGACCUGGAGACGGUGAACAACCGCAACGCGGUGAUUGGCGGAGGGGCGCCCAAGAACGGGAGCUUACCGGGCAGCCUAAAGGAGAAGGAGGCCUUUCUUCUCCCAGGAGCUCAUCUUAAAAUGUCCAAUAAGGAUGUAGCGCUGGUGGACAAGGGCAGCGACAACGUGGCCAUGUUUAAAAACAAAAUGGCAGACUGCAACCUGGCAAAGGAGGAGCAGCACCUGGACAAGAACAAGUUUGACCUUAAGAAAUGCGAGCCGUCUGUCAUCGUCCCUCCUCUCAGUUUUGCAAAGGACAGUCUGUAUCACUCAGUGUUCAUCAUCCCAGACCAGCUGGAACAGUGUGUGUUUGCUACUGAGGUAUAACCUGAGAUUUUUCAGACCACCAGCAAAGGAUCUUUUCCGCUGAAGGCCUGAAAGCGUUUUGUCCAGGACAGUAUACCCAGAGGAUCUAUUCUACACACGGUUGUUUAAUUUAAUAUUUAUUACUGCUGCUCAAUGGAGAGACUUCUGUUUUUUUAUUCUGCUUGGAUACUGUCAAUGUUCGGACGGCAAUGAGAAGACGAGGGAGGAAAGACUGAACGUCCGGCAUCAUUUGCACUAUUCAUUCUUUAAAUCUUACCCUGACCUUCUGUCUCUGCACUCUUUCUUAAUCUUCUUUGGAUCCAACACGAUCGAAGCGAGAAUUGUCCGCCGCUCGGACAGACGGGUGCCUUAGCUAUCCUCCCUAACUUUGCAAUCAUCAGAGGACCUGCUCGCAGAAAUGGGAGGCAAACCUUUUUGUUUUAGGUCAAACAGCCCGUACCUUUCCACAGAUGAUGUAUCUGCGACUUGGGCCGGAUAGUUUGUGACAACGUUUCUGUCGUCCACCUUCAAUCGCUGUCCAGUUUUUCCUCGUCACAUUGUGGCCUGUUCAGUAAGAACAAUAUCCGCCUUACAAUCACCGAGCCUGCACAAUCCAAAGUGCCUCUGUCCCUAAAAACAUCAAAAAGACUUGAAGCCAGCAUUCAGAGUGAGAACUUCACUGUCUGAUGUUCUCCCAGAAGACUGGACGAUUUUUAUUAUGGUUUUUUUUUAUGGUAAGUUGUGUUCAAAUCCUGAGCUGAGCCUGUCAGUCCACCCGUCUCUGAGCCCAGUUGUAUCUCCAGCCUUCACCCCUGGAUGUUAAUCCCUGUGUAAAUGAUGUUUCAGGUGAACUGGGGAGACUUUGUUCCCCGAAUAACAAUCAGCUGUUUCCUGCCUUUCUGCCUUGUGAAUUGAAAGAUAAUCAAAGUCGAAGCGUUGCGCUGGAUUCAUCGUACGGGUCCAUUUGUUCCCAGCUGAAUUUUAUAUUUCUAUUAAUCAAAAAGCUAAACUUCAAAGCUGCCUUCAUGAAACCGCUGCAGACCCAGUUCAGUCGGUCUAACAAUAAAAACGCCGCUGACGGGUUGUUUUUGCUUUUUAUAUUCAAAAAAAAAAAGAAAAUGUUUUAUAUCAGUGAAGGACUCUAAAGAGAGUUUUUAUUCCUUUGUUUUUGUAAUAAUCCAUUUGAUACCAAAAAUAUGUGUUGUUCUUGUGUAGACGUGUCUUUGUAUUAUCUUCAUUAAUUUAAGAGAACAAUGCAAUGUGUACAUACCUUCCAGAAGAACGUUUUCCUAUUUAAUUUUGCCCGUUGUAAAUAAUUUUGUAUUUAUGAAAGAGAAUUGUAUAUAUGUCUGUUAAUGUGCCUAAUGUCUCCAUCAGAAUCAACAAAUAUAUAUUUUUCUUAAAUAAAUUAGGAAAAUAAUAUUAAUAGUA